UAGAAAAAUGAGCAGUCAUUCAGGCUAUGAUGUUGCAGUCAUUGGUGCAGGGAUUUCUGGGAUAGCUACAGCAAAAUGCCUGUUGGAUGACAAGUUCAAGAUCAUUGUUUUUGAACAGACUGACCAUAUUGGAGGUCUGUGGCACUUCACAGAGCAUGGAUAUGGAGUAAUGCGAUUCACACAUAUAAAUGUCUCAAAACACAACUACUGCUUCUCUGACUUCCCAUUUCCUGAUGACAUUCCUGAUUAUCCUCAUCACUCGCACAUGGCAGAAUAUAUCAACAGCUAUGCUGAACAUUUUGGUAUCCGAGAUCACAUCAGUUUCAAAACCAAGGUGGUUCUAAUUGAACAACUCCCUGAAGGAUGGAAAAUAAAAUCGGUGAAAGUUGACAAUGCAGGAACGCAUCAAGGCGGUUACCAGGAAACAUUUGUUAAGUUUGUUGCCAUAGCAACUGGGCAUCAUGCCAAACCAAACAUUCCUCAUUUUGAUGGUCAGGAAAGAUUCAGUGGCCAAAUUCUGCAUAGUAUAGACUAUAAAGAUGCAAUCAGUAAUGAGCUCAUGGAAAAGAAAGUUGUGGUUGUAGGUAUUGGUAAUAGUGCUGUAGAUGUUGCAGUAAAUGUAGCAGAAUUGGGAAGGAAAAAACCCGUCUGUAUUUCCACAAGAUCUGGUGCUUGGGUAGUACCCAACUACGUUCAUGGCUACCCUACUGAUCAUUACGCAUGUCGUCUUUUCUUCUGGCUUCCAUGGAGCUUGUCAAAUUUUGUCUUUCAGUUGAUCAUUCAAAGUGUAGUGGGAAGCCCUUGGCGCUGGAAUUUAAACCCCAAAAUGAAAGCUCGUCAAACCCAGCCCACCGUGAGCCCAACGUUGAUUCAUCACAUCCAGCGAAGGAACAUUGAAGUUAAGCCUAAUAUUGCAGCAUUAGAAAGAAACGAUGUUGUUUUUACUGAUGGAACUAAAACAGCAUCAGAUGUAAUAGUCUGUUGCACUGGGUAUCAUAUUUAUUUGCCAUUUUUAGAUAACAAAAUUAAAGAUCAAGUUUUAGAGGAGAGCAGUAACAGAAUUAAGCUUUUCAAAAAUGUUUUCGCUCCAGAAAUUGGAGCUUCGUUGGCUUUCAUAGGUUUCACGCAGCCAGCUUCUGGUGGUUUACUGUCAGUUUCUGAAAUCCAAGCUCGAUGGUUUUCAGAGCUGUGCAAAGGAAAAACCAAACUUCCAUCGGCAGAGAAAAUGUUCCACAACAUGAAACAAGACCAGCAGAGAAGUGAGAGCACUUACUAUGCCUCAGCAAGGCACACCAUUCAACAAGACCCCAUUCCUUACAUUGACGAGAUUGCGUCUUAUUUCGGUGCAAAGCCGCAGUUGUGGAGACACCCAUCCUUGGCUUGGAAUUUAAUCGUAGGUUCUUGUGGGGCAGCGCAAUGGCGACUACAAGGUCCGCACAAGUGGAACAAGGCUAAAGAAGUUGUGCGUUCUGUUCCCAUCACUCCCCUAAUGCAUUAUGGGACCAUCACUCUGCUUGUGUUGAUAACAAUCAUUGUAACUUUUAUUCUUCUUAAAUUUUGCUAAUCCAGAAAAUUAACUCUUUACACCCUUAAUAUCAGUAUGUAUAUUCUCCAUACUGUUCUCUAUACAUUCCCUAAGGUGCUGACGAGGAGAAUUCGUUUAAUGAUCAGGAGCUUCUUUAGGUGGUGAUCAUGUCCUUUAAUCUUGUGACCUUAAUGUGUGAUUCAGGGGUGAUUUUGUAAGGAGAAAUUAGAUGUGAGUCACUCUUGGGGGAAAAAGGGUUAACUAUGAUAGUAUUUGCUCUCUUGCUUUCGUUGGUUUUCCUUUUUUUCUUGAAGUGAAACUCGUAACAAGAAAAUAAACAACCGAGAAUUGAGCCAAUUGCGAAAAUAAAGAAGCUUACCAACGGGAAUAUUAAACUAAACCGAACAACGUUAUUAAAAUAUUGGAUUACACAACGGGGAAAAUGUCAAAUUAUACUCGUGAUGUUCCAGAGACAUUAAAGUUAGAAUCGGAUGAGGAGUAAUGGAGUGCUUUAGUUUCGAUUCGAAGCCAGAAAAAUGAUUUUUGCUCAACAUUUACGACUUGACAGUUGUCCGCGCUUAAGUUUUCAUAAUAAUAACAAAUUUAUUGCGAGAAAAUGAUCGACUGUUUUUUAAUUCCUUAACAUAGAGAAGUUCUUUUUGAGCAGUCUCAGUAUAUUGAAAUAAUUGACGAUAAAUCAUUUGUAACACUUAAUUUAGAAAUUAAGGAAAUCUAUUGUGAGUAAACGAACUGCUGUUUUUGAACCCAUGAUCAUGGAGAAGUAUUUUUUGAGCAGUCUCAGUAUAUUGAAAUGUGUGUGGUUUUGUUAGCUUCCCUUGUUAACUCUGUAAUUUACUGCUGGCGAAGCAGGCAGCUUCGUCGGGUUUUCCUGGAAAUUUUCCAUCUCAGGAAACAAGGACUGAUCCGCAACUGGAAUGAACGAAAUGCAGUAGCUUCAACGGCCUGAUAUUCGCUCCUACGCUUAAUUUUUGGGCAAGUACCAGAAACACAUUCCGUUUCAGGAAGUUACUAAAACGGGGAAUGGGGUAUCGAUAAUGGCCGCUAGAAACUAUAUUCCGCGCUAUAAACAGUUGAUCUUCAAAAGAUCAAUUUCACAGUUUUAAAUUUCCCAUGUUGAUUUCUCAUUUCUUGUGACCUCUAAAUGAGAGUUAGGACUUUUCCGCCCGGCAAAGCUCUUCAUGCCGCUAACAGGUGCUAAAAAGGAUUAUAAGCGACUGAUAUCUAGGAAAAGCACAUAAUCUUUUGAGAGAUCUAGUGUACUGCGUCAAAUUUCCCCUAAAUAAAGAAAUUAAAUCUUUACGACACACCUUAAGAAUUGCUAUUUAAUAUCCUGAUGUUUUAAAAACCAGAAGGAAAAGAAAAGAUGUGAAUUUGAGAAUUUUGGG